AUGGCGGGAGAUUUCGACGAGGACGGGUUGCUAGAUGAUGAGGAGGACGAGGAUGAUGAGGGCGACUGGGAGUCGGCCAGCAACAACAGCGAGGAGGUGCGGGCGCUGCUGGCUGCCCUGGGCGCGGGCGGCGGCGGCGAGAGCGGGGGCGGCGGCGGAGAGGACGAGGGGCCUUUUUGGGAGCGCCUGUUUGACAGGGGCACGCUCGUGUGCUGCGGCGCCGUGCUGGGCGUGUGCACUGCGACGCUGGCCGUGCUCGCGCUGCGCGCAAGUGCCAGUGCGCGGGGUACGGCGCGGCAGUGGUACUGCCCGUACCCCGGGUGCAAGAGGUCGUUUGCGGAGCUCUGGCGCCUCAAGGUACACUACCGCGCGCCCCCAGAUGUGCGCGGCAGCGGCCGGGAGCGCGGCCACGGCACGGAGCUCACGCACUGCCCCAAGUGCGGCAAGGGCCUGAAGCCCGGCAAGCACCAUGUGGGCUGCGCGGCGGGGCGCACGGCGCCGCGACAGGCCUCCAAGCGGUCGAGAUCGUACGGCCUGCCGCAGUUUGGCGCCGCCCCUGUGGAGCCGCAGCCUGUGCAAUUCAGCCAGUACAGCGGCGACCUUUCAGCAGCGGCCGGCGCUGCCGCGGCCGCGGCGGCCGCGGCGUCGUUGCAGCAGCAGUUCGGUGGCGAGUUCUACUUCCACCACCAGCAGCUCAUGGUGCUUCAGCAGCAACAGCAGCAACAGCAGCAACAGCAGCAGCAGCAGCACGUGGCCCAGCAACAGCAGCAGCAGCAACAACAUCAGCACUUGCCGCAGCAGCAACAGGAGCAGCCGCCAGAGCCGCAGCUGCCGCCGCAGCCGCAGCAGCAGCAACAGCAGCCCGCCUUCAUGGGCCCGCCACCGCCACUGGUAGGCACGCCGCAGCUGGGCGGGCCCGCCGCGCCCCCGAGCGCAGACGCGCUCGCGGCGCUCAUGCCGCCGCCCGGCGCGCGGCCGCCCGGCCAGCACCGCCGCGCCAGCGGCACAGGCGCGACGCCCGUGGCGACGCCACACCAUGAGGGGGCGGAGGAUCUGGCCAGUGAGGACCUGCACGACCUCUUUGACGGCUUUGACGACUGGAUCUCCCGCGUGCCCUCGCCGCCGCCGCCGAUGCCGCCGCCGCAGCCCACCGGCUUCGCGGGCGCCCCCUUCGCGGCAUUCGCUCCCCCCGCGCAGCACGUAUACCAUGCGCCGUCGGUCGCGCCGCCGCAGCUGCCGCCGGGCGUUGCCCCGCACCCGCAGCAGCACGCGGCUCCGCAGCAGGCGCAGCAGCAGGUGCAGCAAGUGCAGCAGGUGCAGCAGCACAUGCAGCAUGUGCAGCCGCACAUACAGCAGCCUCCCCAGCCGCAGCACGCGCCGCAGCUCGCGCCACAUCCGCAGCACAUACCGCAUCCGCAGCAGGCGCCGCCGCCGCAGCAGCACGCGCAGCAGCACCUGUUGCAGCACCCGCAGCAGCCGCAGUAUGCGCCUCUGCCGCACCAGCAGCCUGUCCAGCAGCAGCACGCCCCUCCGCAGCCGCCGCCGGCGCUGCCGCACCAGCCGCCGCCGCAACAGCAGCAGCAGCAGCAGCAGCAGCAGCACCAGCCGCUGCCGCCCCAGCAGCACGCGCCGCCCCAGGCGCAGCAGCGCCCCGGCAUCCUGUUCAACUUUGCGCAGUUCCAGCAGCCGCUGCCGCCGCAGCCCGCGCAAGCAGUAAGCAUGCCGCGGUCCAUGAUGCCGUCUCUAGAGGACGAGUCAUUCUCCGACCUGUGGGCCCCAGACACCACGUUCGAGCACCGCUCAGACGGUGACGUCAUGCAGCUGCUGUUCGGCGCGCCUGACCGGCCGCCUGAGAUGGCCACCAUCCACCUGCACCAGUUCUUGGACGAUGGUGCGGGCGCGGCGCCCUCGCCGCCGCCGUUGUCGCCGCUGGGGUGGGGCGGCGGCGGGCACGGGCACGACGGCGGCGGCGGCGGCGCGCAGCGGGGGGGCGGGCCCGGCGCGCAGGGGCAUGGGGGUGGCGGCGCGGCGCAUGCGGAUGGUGCGGCGGAGGGCUAUGGGGUGCAGCCGCAGGCGCAGCACUCGGUGCUUCCGGAUCUGCCGGGCAGGGGCGGCGGCAGCGGCGGGGGCGGGGCGCCCCCACAAGCGCACUACGCGCAGUUUGCCAGCGGCGCGCACCAGUCGUCACCGCCGCCGCAGGGUGGCCACGCCCCCCAGCCGCAGGCGCACGCGGCCGGGCUGGGAAUGGGUGGCAUGGGCAAGGGCGCCUGGGCGUUGCCGCCGCUGCCUCGGCAGCAGCAGCAGCAGCAGCACGCCGGCGGCGGCCACAUCAACGGCAAGGGCCCGGAGCAGGUUCCAGGCGGCGGCGGCGGCAUUGCAGCGGGCGUCGACGGAACAGCGGUUGGCAUGGUGAAGAGCGAGGCGGCCAGGCACUGCGGGGAGGAGAGCGAGGCCGGGGCCAAGGCGCCGCCCGAGGCCGCGACCAUGUACAGCCUUCUGUCGUCGUGCGAGUGA